CUACUACAAUAGAAGCUAAAUAUCAUCAACUUGAAAAACAACAAAAUACUUUAUUAAAUAAAGAUGAUAGAUUAAGUGAAGAUCAAUUAUUAGAUUAUAUUUCUGAUAAUUACAAUAGUUUUGCAAGUGAUGUUAAUAACAAUAUUAGUUAUCAAGUGACUAAUUGCAACACAGUUCUUAAUUAUAAUAAUACUCUAUCAACAAUGAAAUCUCAUCUUUAUAAUAAACAUCAAAUUACUAAAGUUUCAUUAAAUAAUAAAACUGCUAAUGAAUUAAAAGAGGACUUACCUCUAAAAGACCAAUUAACAUUAUAUCAAACUUUAGAAACCAUAAAACCAUAUUUUAAAAUACAAAUACAAAAAUUAAAUCUUCUUAGAUUUAUAAUUAAUAGUAUUUAUCCACUUUCUAUGUUGAAGAUAAAGAUUUUAUUAAAUAUUCUUAUAAUUUAG